GGCAAUGCUGAGGGCCGCUGGGGGGUGGGGGCUGAGACCUCGAGCGCGCGGGGACUGAGGCACACCUAGCUGUGCCGUCUUCAGCCAAAGCCCACCAGGUCCAUCGUGUAAAGUCACACGCCUGAAUCUUCUUGAUUUGUCAAGAUGAACAGUCAAAAGAAAAGAAAAGAUAUGGAACCUGCUUGUACCUGGAGUUUAUUGUCUGAACAGAAAGCUGCUUCAAGUUCUCUGACUUCAUCUUCAUGGAAGGAGCUUACAGAUUACCGGGAAGUAUUUAAAAAACAUCUAAAAGAAAAAUACCUAAAAAUAGGAGUCGAUAAAUGUUAUCACCACGGCAAGCAUAUAGACUCACGACUGCUUGUUGUAAAAGAACACUGUAUAUCAGAAAAGCCACCAUGCGGAAUUCCUCAACAAGAUAAUUUUAUUGAGAUGGAACAUGUGUUUGAUCCUGAUGAAGAGGGCUCCAGCUCACCCCGAACUGUGGUGCUUCAGGGAUGUGCUGGGAUUGGGAAAACAGCUGUGGUGCAUAAGUUCAUGUUUGACUGGGCAGCAGGAAUGGUUACUCCAGGCAGAUUUGACUAUGUCAUCUACAUCAACUGCAGAGAAAUAAGCCAUUUUGCUAACCUUAGUGCUGCUGACCUGAUCACUAACACUUUUCAAGAUGUAGAUGGACCAAUCCUGGAUGUUAUUCUUACAUAUCCAGAGAAGCUUCUGUUCAUUCUGGAUGGGUUUCCUGAGCUUCAGUACCGUGUAGGUGACCAGGAUGAGGAUCUUAGUGCCAACCCCCAGGAGAGGAAGCCAGUAGAGACCCUCUUAUGUAGUUUUGUGAGGAAAAAACUGUUCCCAGAAUCCUCCCUCCUGAUAACUGCUCGGCCUACGACCAUGAAGAAGCUCCACUCUCUGUUAAAACAACCUCUCCAGGCAGAGAUCCUAUGGUUUACAGAUGCUGAAAAGAGAGCAUAUUUCUUGAGUCAGUUUCCAGGUGCUAAUGCAGCAAUGAGAGUCUUUCAUGGUCUGCAAGAAAAUGAAGGCCUUGACAUUAUGUCUUCUCUUCCCAUCAUCUCCUGGAUGAUCUGCAGUGUUCUGCAGUCACAAGGAGAUGGUGACAGAACUCUUAUGAGGUCACUUCAGACCAUGACUGAUAUGUAUCUGUUCUACUUUUCCAAGUGCCUCAAAACCCUUAUAGGCAUCUCAGUGUGGAAGGGACAAAGUUGCCUGUGGGGCCUUUGCUCUUUGGCCGCAGAGGGACUUCAGAACCAGAAGGUCCUAUUUGAAGUCAGUGACCUCAGAAGACAUGGGAUAGGAGUGUAUGAUACCAGCUGCACUUUUCUCAAUCACUUUUUGAAAAAAGUUAAAGGAGGUGGAAGUGUCUACACUUUCCUUCACUUUAGUUUCCAAGAAUUCCUGACCGCUGUGUUCUAUGCCCUGAAGAAUGACAGCAGUUGGAUGUUUUUUGAUCAAGUGGGGAAAACUUGGCAAGAAAUAUUCCAACAAUACGGAAAAGGGUUUUCAUCAUUAACAAUACAAUUCUUAUUUGGCCUCUUACAUAAAGGAAAGGGAAAGGCUGUGGAAACUACUUUUGGAAGAAAAGUCUCUCUGGGACUUCGAGAGGAGUUAUUGAAGUGGACUGAGAAAGAAAUAAAGGAUAAAUCUUCUAGGUUACAGAUUGAGCCAAUGGAUUUGUUUCACUGUUUGUAUGAGAUUCAGGAAGAAGAAUAUGCAAAAAGGAUAAUUGAUGAUUUAGAGUCAAUUAUACUGCUUCAACCUACCUAUACAAAAAUGGACAUUCUGGCUAUGUCGUUCUGUGUAAAAAGCAGCCAUAGUCACCUGUCAGUGUCUCUGAAGUGUCAGCACCUACUUGGAUUUGAAGAGGAAGAUCGAGCCUCAGCAUUCAUGCCACCAACCUCGACAUUUAAUCAGCCCUUCCAACUGUGCGCUUUGCCAGUAUCUCCACUACAUUUGUUCUGCCAAGCACUCCGUAAUCCAUACUGUAAAGUCAAAGAACUGAAACUGAUUUUCUGCCACCUCACAUCUUCUUAUGGCAGAGACCUCUCCUUAGUAUUUGAAACCAACCAGUAUCUGACAGAUUUGGAAUUUGUGAAAAAUACCUUGGAAGAUUCUGGAAUGAAGCUUCUGUGUGAAGGACUAAAACAGCCAAACUGUAUCUUACAGACAUUGAGGUUGUACCGGUGCCUUAUCCCUUCUGCUUCUUGUGGGGCGCUGGCAGCUGUUCUCAGCACCAAUCAGUGGCUCACUGAGCUGGAAUUUAGUGAAACAAAACUGGAAGCCUCAGCUUUGAAAUUGCUCUGUGAAGGCUUAAAGGAUCCAAAUUGCAAAGUACAGAAGCUCAAGUUGUGUGCUAGCUUUCUCCCUGGAAGCUCAGAGGCUGUUUGCAAAUAUCUUGCCUCUGUUCUCAUUUGUAAUCCAAACCUCACUGAGCUGGACCUGAGUGAAAAUCCCCUGGGGGACACAGGGGUGAAGUAUCUCUGUGAGGGUCUCAGACAUUCCAACUGUAAAGUGGAGAAACUAGACUUGAGCACAUGUUCCCUGACAGAUGCUAGCUGUGUGGAGCUCUCUUCUUUCUUGCAAGUGAGUCAGACUUUAAAAGAGCUGUUUGUGUUUGCCAAUGCCCUUGGGGACACAGGAGUACAGCAUCUCUGUGAAGGUCUGCACCAUCCGAGUGAUACAAUCCAGAAUCUUGUGCUAUCGGAAUGUUCCCUCUCUGCAGCUUGUUGUGAGUCCCUGGCCCAAGUCCUGAGCUCCACCCGGAGCCUGACAAGGCUGCUUCUAAUUAAUAACAAAAUUGAAGAUUUGGGACUGAAAUUGCUGUGUGAAGGAUUAAAACAGCCUGACUGUCAGUUAAAGGAUUUGUCACUGUGGACCUGUCACCUGACUGGAGAGUGUUGUCAGGAUUUGUGCGAUGCACUGUAUACCAAUGAACACCUGAGAGUCCUUGACCUCAGUGACAAUGCCUUAGGGGAUGAGGGUAUGCAGGUGCUGUGCGAAGGGCUGAAACACCCCUCCUGCAAGCUGCAGACCUUGUGGCUAGCAGAAUGUCAUCUCACAGAUGUGUGCUGUGGAGCCCUCGCUUCUGUCCUCAAGAGAAAUGAGAACCUAACGUUGCUAGACUUAAGUGGAAAUGACCUCAAGGAUUUUGGAGUUCAAAUGCUCUGUGAUGCACUGAUUGAUCCCAAAUGUAGACUACAGACGUUCUACAUUGACACGGAUCAUUUACAUGAAGAAACAUUCAGAAAAAUAGAAGCUUUAAAAAUGAGCAAGCCUGGAAUCACCUGGUAGUUUCCAAGGAGAACCCCUGAAUCAGCUGCAUAUAGACCUCCUCUGUCUGGCACCAUCUCUAACAGUUGUGCAGUAUUCUUGUUCCAAACCUGUUAAUCUUUGCUGAGGACGCUAGUGGCAAACAAGCAGUGAUUGCUAUUUCUUACAUAGAACCAUCCGCUAAAUAGGAUGUAAGAGGUGGAAGCACCUUAGUUGAAAUGUCUUCAGCAAUAAUACCUUACAUUCAUAUAUUGUGUUACAAUGUUUACUAUGUUUUCACCCAAACCUUUCAAGGUGGAAAGAUGAGGCUCAGAGAGGUUGCGACAAGCUCCAAGUCACACAGCUCAUUACUGGGAGAGUUGGGACUGACAUCCAGCCAGGUUUCCCAGUACUCAGACCAGGCAGGGAAACAAUUUAAAAAACAUAUGUGAACGAGUCCACCUAAAGAAACAAAAUACUUGAAAUCAUUAAAGGACACGAGGAUGUACAAACACACAUGUUAUCUCUCAUGGUGCUGAUUUUAAGUAAAACUGUAAUUCACAAAAUAGAGAGCAGUGAGUUGGAUUAAUAGGGAAAGGCUUCAAAGAGGUGAGACUUGAUGGGGUUGGCGGGAAGAUACACUGGCCAGUGGCUGUAAGACUGCAGGCAGAAGGGCUAUGUUUGUGAACAGCUCACCAAAAGUGCCUAGGGAGAGAACUAUUUGCAUUGGAGUUUCUUGAGCUGCCACGAUAUCCAUAUCCUAGGCUCCUGACGGUGCUUUCCAGUGUCCAGGCUCAACUCCCUUUCUGAACUGUUAAUACCUCCCCUAUAUGUGUGUUCUUGUUCGUGGACUUUUAUGACUCACUCCUCAUCCCUGACAGUGUAUUACAUAGCCUAGCAUGGAUCCUCCAUGACCCCAUGUUUCUUUCUCUGCCUGGCUUCCACAAAACACCAGAUGAGAUGGUGGAGAAAGAGAAUGCUAGGCAAAGAAAAUAGCCCAGAGCCUGUGAAAUAGGAGCGAUUGUGCCGUGGGACCUGCAGAAAAGAAGGCUGAUCCGAUUAAAGUGUAGAGCUUUACUACUUACUAGUUGUGUGUCCCUGGAUAAGUUACUUGGAUUCUUGGAGCCUCCAUUUUCUCAUCUAUAAAAUGGAGGUAAAUUGAUUUUACCUUUUCAGGGCUAUUGUUCUCAACAUGGUGCCUACCCCACAGUAGGUACUGAUUAGUGGUAGCUGUUUUAUAUGAGUAUGUACCUAUAAUAUAACUCAGCUGUGUAGUCUUUGAGUUCCCAGAGUUUCUUGCUGUGUGGUCAGUGUGAACUGUGCAUUUGAACUAAAUGUGUGUGCCAGAGGCGAUGAAUCUAGUGGGGGAAGAGACACACAGUGGGAAGCUAUUGCAGGUGAGAGGUCCAGCUGCUCCAUGUCCUCAUCCAUCAUCGGAUAUUGUUCCCUGCUGCCCUGGGAGAUUGUAACUCUCAGUUAGGAGACCAGGUCUGACCUGAGAAGAAUGGUCAAGGUAGCAGUUUGUUUCCCAUUUUCUCAAGUUGUUCUUUCCCUUUGGUUAUUUAACACUUAUUUAUUGAGGAUUUAUUGUGUGCCAGGUUUUGUGUUAAGUUUUGGCUUUACAGAGAUGAAUAUGCCUUUUCCUGUGCGCUUUGCCUACCAUGUUCUCUGAUUGCCUUGGUGUCUCUGUCAGUCUGGUGAACAUCUGCCAAAACUCAGUCACAUUAGGAACUCGAAAGAUAUAAUGUUAAAUGAAAAACUGCAGAACUCUGUGUGUGCGUGUCCUGUGUGUGUGUCAAAAGGAUAAAUAUGCGUGUGUAUUUAUGUGUCCAGAAUGUGUAAGGAAGGAUUUAUACAAGAAAUUGCUAAUAGGAGUUACUGCUGACAAGAGGAAGCAGGCAAGCAGGGGUCUUGGGAGAACAGGAAAGGAACUUUUCAUUUUCAUCUAUAGCCCUCUAUUCUACUUGAUGUUUUUAACAUGUGCAUGUAUUACUUUUAUAAUUAAUAAAUUUUGUUGUUAAAAAUUAAA